AUGCAUGCCCCUGAAUGGCCAACUUUCGAGAAUCAGUAUUUAUACCCUCUUUUUACGGCUAUUCAUGAUGUCGGCUGGGAAAAAGGUGCGCUCGCGGCUCGAUGGGAUGAGCUUAAUCGAAGUUACGCAGAAGCCGUUGAAGAUUAUCAACAGAGAGCGGCUGUGGCACAGCAGCGGGUGGCCGAGGAGAACCAAAACAUUUCAGCACGGGCUUCGGCCGUUGCUGAAUACGAAGAAAUUGUUAACCGGCGAUCUGUAGAACUCCAGAAUCAGAUCAAUGCGUUUGCAGCCCACUUGGAAAAGGCGAAUCAGGAUUUGGAGAGCCGGGACCAACAGCUGCGGGCCAGGGAAGAAGCAUUCUCGAGGCGUGAAGCGGCAUGGGAAAAACGCCAUCGAGAGAUUACCCACGCCCACCCAAAGAAAGCGGACCGCUAG